CUCCACAAAUUCUCAGUUUCAGUAGCAAAGAUCAAGAUCGAGAGACCGCCAUGGAACCAUUUCGUUCUCACAGGAAAUCUUCCACAAACGCCACCCCCACCACCCUUCCUGUCUACCGUUCUUUUCCUCCUCUCGAAUUCGAUCUUUAUGAUUUCGAGCUUUACGCCAUAGAUCGCAUCCGAGUUCUUAAAGGGAUCUCUGAUGGGUUAUCUCGAGGAAAGAGACCUGAAGAGAUGGAAAAAUUGGUUAGAGAAUUGCGGAAAACACACAUGAAACACCCACAGGCAUCUGAGGAGGUGAACAAGGAUAUAAUAUCUCACUUUGUUCUGCGCCUUGUGUACUGUAGAACGGAGGAGUUGAGAAAAUGGUUUCUUUCUAUGGAAACUAUGCUAUUCCGAUACCGCUUUCUUUCCGAAAGUCUUGAAUCCCAGAAGUUGAUCUUUUCAGAGCUUGGCCUCUCAUAUAAAGCAAUCAGUAACGUAGAAUUUGAGGCUGUAAAGGACAAAUUGGUUCAAGUUGCUCGGUUGAUUGGACAGACUGUACCUAGUGCUGAUGCAAUAUACUUUAAGGUACCAUGGGAAGAAGUUCCAGAACUAGUGGCUGGUCGAAAGGUAUAUCUCCAUAAAGGACAGGCAUAUAUUGCUACUAAUCAGGUGGUUUCCCUUGUUACAACGCAAUUCCGCAGCUUUCUAUCAAAGGCCCUGAGUUUGACAAACAGGAAAUGGACAUCUACAGUAAGAGAACAAGAGAACAAUCGGUUGGCCCCUAUCGUAGAAGCCCUUUGCACUAGCUACCUGGGUCCUGACUACUCACAGCCAAGAGAGUAUGGUGAUAUAUCAAUAAAAGACAUUGACCAAGUAGCUAAAAGUUCAUUUCCUCUUUGUAUGCGGCACCUAUUUGAAAAGCUGAAAGAAGAUCAUCAUUUGAAGCAUGGAGGGAGAAUGCAAUUAGGUCUCUUUCUCAAGGGUGUUGGUUUGAAGCUUGAUGAUGCCCUUGCUUUCUGGAAAGCUGAGUUAUCCCAGAAAGUUGGUGCUGAGAAGUUUGACAAAGAAUAUGCAUACGGUAUUAGGCAUAAUUAUGGAAAAGAAGGCAAGAGAGUGGAUUACUCGCCUUAUUCCUGUCAAAAAGUCAUCCAAUCAUCACCUGGUGUUGGAGAUCAUCAUGGAUGCCCAUAUAGACAUUUCAGUGAAGACAACUUAAGAGCAGCCCUUGGUAAAAUGGGAGUAAAUAAUCGGACAAUGGAAGAUAUAGUGGACAAAGUGCGAAAUAGACAUUAUCAGUUGGCAUGCACCUUGGCAUUUGAAUCGACCCAUGGCUCAUCAUGUGAUGCCGGGAUCAAUCAUCCGAACCAGUAUUUCACUGAUAGUCAAAAAAUCCUGCAAUCUAAGAACAAUUCAACAGCCUAGAGAGCACCUCAAGAAGUGGGAAUCUAGUUAGGACUUCCAGAGCUAUGUUGGAAGAGGUCUUAUAUACCACCCUCACUUUUGGGAUAGAGAGUUGGCUCUUUGGCGUGCUGCUUUCUUGUGGUCUUGUGGAACAUUUGGCUUGAGAGAAAUAGGAAGGUCUUUAAUUAGAAGGAAAGUUCUUGGGGGGAAGUUUGGACCUCGGUCGGUCCCAUACCUCCCUUUUUGUUUCUAGUAGUUAGGAAUUUAGCGAUGCUUCUUUCUCUCCUUGAACUGGAGUCCCUUUCUGUAAUUUAUCUCUAGUCUUUUAUUAGCAUUUUUUUACUCCGUCUGGCUUCUAUAUAUAUAUAUAUAUAUUAU